AUGCCUCGGGGUCAGAAUAGUAAGCUCAGAGCCCGUAAGAAACGCCACCAGGCCCAAGAUGUGCCCCUGGAUGUAAAGGGUGAUGAGGCCAAUGCAGCAGUCAAAGAGGAAUCUAUGUCUUCUUUCACUCCCAGUGUCAAGAAUACUCCCCAGAAUAUGCCAGCUGCUAGGUCAUGCAAUAAUGAUGAAGUUGUUCCAUCCACAAGAGCCAACGAAGAUGCCACGUACCAAGCCAGUCCAAGCUCUAGGCAGGUCCAGCCCACCAUCGAGCAGUUGCAGAAAACCAUGAUAGAAAAGAAGGUGAUUGCUUUGGUACAUUACUUGCUGUACAAGUAUAAAAUGAAAGAGCUCAUUACAAAGACAGACAUCAUGAAAACCAUAGUCCAAAUAUAUCGGAACCACUACUCUAAGAUCCUUCAGAAUGCUGCUGACUACCUAGAGCUGGUUUUUGGCCUUGACCUGAAGGAAAUGGACCCGAAUAGGCACAUCUAUGUCCUCGUCAACAAAUUGGAAUUAAGCUAUGAUGUGAGGAUAAGUGAUGAAAUAGGUGUGCCCAAGACAGGUCUCCUGAUGGUUGUCCUUGGUGUGAUUUUCACGAAGGGCAAAUUCGCCACUGAGAAGCAAGUCUGGGAAGUGCUCAAUGUGAUAGGAUUGUAUCCUGGCAAGAAUCACUUCAUCUUUGGGGAGCCAAAGAAGAUCAUUACCAGAGAUAUGGUGAAACAAAAGUAUCUGGAGUACCGACAGGUGCCCAACAGUGAUCCCCCAUCUUAUGAGUUUCGGUGGGGUCCCAGAGCCUAUGCUGAAACCACGAAGAUGAAAGUCCUGGAAUUUUUGGCCAAGGUCCAUGAUACUACCCCUCAAGCUUUCCCUUCCUGGUAUGAAGAAGCUUUGAGAGAUGAAGAAGAGAGAGCCCACGCCAGAGCUGCAGCAAGAGCUCGAAUUAGUGCCGUGGCUGAAGCACGGUCCAGAGCUUUGUCUAAAAGGUCCUCCUGUUCUAAGUGA